AUGGGGAGAGCACCUUGUUGUGACAAGAAUGGCCUCAAGAAAGGACCAUGGACAGCUGAGGAGGAUCAGAAACUCGUUGAUUACAUUCAGAAACAUGGAUAUGGGAAUUGGAGGACACUCCCGAAGAAUGCUGGGUUGCAAAGAUGUGGAAAGAGUUGCCGUCUUCGUUGGACAAACUAUCUCCGACCAGAUAUAAAGCGAGGUCGGUUUUCAUUUGAAGAGGAAGAGACAAUAAUUCAGCUACAUAGCAUUCUCGGCAACAAGUGGUCUGCGAUUGCAGCUCGCUUACCAGGAAGGACAGACAACGAAAUCAAAAACUAUUGGAACACACACAUUAGGAAAAGGCUUUUGAGGAUGGGAAUUGACCCUGUGACACACAGUCCUCGACUUGAUCUAUUGGAUAUCUCUUCCAUUCUAAACGCAUCUUUCUAUGGUUCAUCACAAAUGUUCCUUGGCAUGCAUCAGUCUAUGGUGAACCCUGAGCUUUUAAGGAUGGCUUCUUCACUCUUUUCCUCCUCACAGCAACACAAAGACCUUGACAUGUGUGUUCCGAAAGGUCAACAGAACCAGCUCUGCGAGCCACAAGUUCAGAAUCAUGCUCCACACCUUGUCCAAAUUCAAGAUCCAGUUCAAGAAGCGCCUGCAUGCAGCACCAUGCUCAGCACCCCUUGUGUUUCAUUGCCUCUCUCUCAACCACAGUUGGUUGAGCCCCAUAAUGUGGACCCAUAUCCAUCAUCAAGUUUCACAGACUUCACUUACCAACAACAUUCUCACGAUGACCAGAUAAUAAGCGAUUGGCACAAAGAUGGGGUUGCUUUAAGCACUUUAACGGAGGACUGUAUCCCUCAGUUAUCAAGCUAUAAUUAUUAUAGUUAUAGUGGUCAAAAUCCCGUGUAUCCUCCGUUGUCCGAACCUUCAACUUUCCAUUCCAAUAACAGCAUUCAGAACUUCAGCUUCGCUUCAGUUCUAUCCACACCUUCCUCAAGCCCCACACGGUUGAAUUCAAACUCCACGAUAAUCAACGGGAGCAACACAGAAGAUGAGAGAGAUCAAAGCUAUGAAAGUAGCAACAUGUUGAAAUUUGAAAUCCAAGAUAUUUUAGAUGUGAAUGAGUUCAUGUAA